UGUGCCCCCAGGAGCUGCCCAAAGAUGCAAACAGCCCUCCUUUGCUUGUGCCUGUGCCUGCUCAGCACGGCCCUCUCGACACCCGUGCCACCGCCACUGCCUGGGAGAGCUGUUGGGAACUGUGUGGGACAACACCGGAUACUGCUGAAAGGCUGCAAUGCCAAGCAUGGCUUCUACGUUUUCAAAUAUGUCUAUUCAUUUUCAACGAGGAGGAACCAAACGCAGAUAAAGAAGGAAGAGGCUGACAGCCAAAGCGUCGACCCCGGCCGCCAGCUGGGCGACUACAAUGCCAGGCCGGGGCCGACGGAGGAUGGGGCAGCGCCGGAGCAAGGUGACAAUGACAGCACUGAUGUGAUGGAGAACGGGACCGGCCUCAAGCCCGAAAACCGCAGCGUCACAGGUUUUGGUGGGGAUGUUCUCAGUCCUCGCCCAGGCACCAGCACGCGAGCGCGUGGUGGUGUCGGUAUCGCAGGUCCCACCCCUGCCAGCUCGGAGGGUAGCGGCGACCUGGAUUUGGUGGUUGAAGUCGAAAGCAGUGUUUCCACUCUCCCCCAGGGCUCCGGUGAGGCCAUGGCAGGGAACAGGUCUGAUGUUAGGAGUGAAGACCGGGAGGAUGGUGCCCCCAGGGGCAUUCCAGUGGAGGGGGCCAUGACAGCCGGGAGGGAGAGGGCACCCACCACUGGAGGGGCUGGGGACGAGGGUAGUGGCGAGGCCACCAUACCUGGCCAAGGGCGGGAGGGCGUCAUGCGGGGCACAGGGACAGGAGGUGCUGCUCUCACCUCUGUCACUGAGAAGAUGGAGAACGUCCAAGUUGACACCAAAGGUGUGGGUGAAUAUGCUUACAUCCCUGACCCAGGCAGCGUCACUGUCACCCAUGGGAAGGUGGGUAGCACAGUGGGGGACACCAGCUUCACCCAGAUCUCUUCGGACAAGGACGACGAAGUCAACAUCUUCAUUGGGAGGGCCAACAUCCAUGUGGGGGAGCAGGAAAACACCCAGGCUGGUGCCACUGUUGGCAGCGAGAAUGACAACAUCUCCACUGCAGGAACCAGCAGUCCCUUGCCCAGGGUGCGCGUCACUGCAGCACAUGAUAGCAAUGACGAUGAUGGCAUCCCUUCUCACAGGCAGCCUGAAGUACCGGCCACCACAGCCACCCCAAGGCACAGGGACAGCACCAGGAGCAGCCCUGGGGAUGGCCAUCCCACAGGAGAUGAUGCGGAUGGUGCCACCACCAUUGGUGACAGAGAAGAACCAGUGUCUCCCAGCCCCUGGAAGGUCACUGGUGGUGAGGGGACCAUCCCCGUGGAGGCUGGCAUCCGUGAGAAAGGUGAUGAUGAGGCAAGAGGUGAGGGGCAGAGGUUUGAGGAGAGGCCAAGCCGCCUGGCUGUCACCACCCCCCGCCAGGGGGGUGCAAAGGAUGCUGCUGCCACUGUCCCAGCCAAGGGGGCCAGCAUCCACCUGGGCACCACCAUGGCAUCCCCCGGGGUGAGCGAGGACAACUGCAUCACCACCCUGGGGACAGCCAGCAGCCGCAAGGCAAGCGAGAGUGCCAUGGUGGGGAGAAGGGGGAGCGGGGAAGUGGGGCCAGCCACCCCCCAGCCCCACAGGGAGAGAUGGCCUGGGGCGGGGACAAGGGUCCAGGUGGGUGGAGCAGGGAUGGAGAAGACACCCAGGGUGGACAAAGCGCCAUCCCCACGUGGGAAAGCUGGCAGCCAGGCAUCAAGUGGGGCCCAGGUGAGUGCUGGCAGCCGUGGCAGUGAUCCCGCAGGCAGGCCACGUGCCACCGAAGCUGGGGGCAGCCCCCCUCUGCAGGCAGGGCAAGCGGGGGCCAGCGUGGCAGCGGGUAAAGGCCAGGAACGGGGGCGAGGUGGCAAGACCGGGGUGGCGGUGCCGGGGGCCGGGGGUGGCCGCCUCCCCGGGCGCCAUGGCAGGAGGCUGGGGGUGGGGGCACCGGGGGCGUUUACAGCGCUGGGCCAGAGCAGGCAGCUGGACCAGGUGAAGCGUGCCGACGAGCUCCACAUCCGCGAGCGGUCGUUUUACACCCUCGGCAGGGUGGCGGGCGGCCCUCGAGGCCCCUACACCGGCCCCAGGAGUGCCGACAGCAGCCAGUCCUCUGAGGGCGAGCGGGGCAGCCAGAGCGACAGCCGACAGACAGGACUGCAGCCCUCGGGGUGGGGAGCCCCAGGGCACCCCCACGGCCGCUGGAGCCGGGGGACCCUCUGA